UCCUGUGAGCAGGGAAGUUGAAGGGUUAAUUUGUGGCCGGGGAAACCUGAUGCUAAUUAAGUCUUAGGAAUGCCACAUACUGACAUUGUAGUGCAGGAGCUCUUAGAGUGGGUCAGGCGUGGACAGAGCCAGCGGUAAUGCGUGUGUCUAAUGUUUUUAUUCCGUACUGACAGUCAGGAGAGACAGUCUCACCGAACCCUGGAGCUGAAGGCAUUUUCUGUCAGGAUCAAGAGUCUCUGUGUCAAGUGUGAUAAAGUUUGUUGUGAUAUAGAGGAGAAGAUCCGCUCUGGACUUUAUUUUUCUAACUGAACCACACAGUUUUGGAGAUUUUUCCAGAUUGGGAAUCAAAGGAAUAACGCGCAUUAUUCUUCCUUGGCACGGAGAGAGAGAGAGAGGCAGAGCUGAUGCAAAAAUGCUUUUGGUAACACCAGCGCUGUUGCUGCUGCUGUCUUGGGUAUCACUGCAAGCUGUCGCAGAGAUUUGCCGGGGGACGCACUGCUACGGCACGGAAACCGGCGAUCCGAGACCGUGCACCGGUGCGCACUGUCCGGGGGGCAGAUCCUCCAGACCGCCGCGGCACUUUAACCCGACAGCGCAGGGGAGAGCGGCGCAGAUAGUCGCCAGCCAACACUACGCGUACCCGAGCUUUCCAAGAGCAGCAUCGGAAGCCUAUCCGGCUGUGCAGCCACACCGCGGGCGGCACAGUGACAGCAGCAGCGGCGGCGGCGCACGGAAAAGAGCGUCUGAAGUUUUACCUGCAGGAUGCACAGAUGCGGACUGCGCCGCUCUUGUAAGACAAUUUCAGCCCGCUAAUGACACCCGGGAGUGUCGAGGGAUCGAGUGCAGACUGCCACUGAGGAUACGGCCAAAAGCUCGUCUUGCGAAGUCUUGUGUUGGAGAGGGAUGUAGUUCAGAGGAGAGCGCCAGCCAGCUCCCUCCUGUCCAUCUGUCCGACAGAGCCGCGCAGUUUCUGGGAGAUUUUCCGGAGCUUGGAUAUCCGUCGUCGGAGCUUGGCAGCGCGCCUUUGGGUGUCCAGCUCACAUGUGACAUCAAGCCAGGGGAGAAUGAGGUUCCCUCAGAAGACGCCCUCAUCUUGCACCUUCAGCUGGCCAAGGGGCAGGAGAAGCUGGUGGAGGCCCUGCGAGCCCAGCAGGUGGUCAUUCGUGACUUGCAGCAGAAGCUGGCAGACCAACAGGAGGCGCUGCUGUCCCAACAGAGGGAGAUCCUAGACCAGCAGCGGCGCAUGUACGAGCAGAUGGAUGUGGUGAAGGCACAGUACGGCCUCCUCUCGGACACCGUCAAGCAGGUGUCCUUCCAGGGCCUGCAGGGUGAGCUGCAGAGCUACUUCGAGAGCCACCUGGCGGGGCUGCAGAAUCAGGCCCGCAGUCACCUGCAGAAGUCCUACGCCGUGCACAAAAUGGACAUGGACACAAAGGUGAUGGAUGUAGUUGGAGAGGCUAAUUUUCCUCAACCUCUGUUGGGAUGCCCCUCACCCUGUGGGCAGGAGGAGUUCUGUGAUUUUCAGAGGGACCCACCUCAGUGUGUGAAGUGCACCAUGUGUCCACCGGGCUUCUUUCUGAUCUCACAGUGUUCUCCUACUGCAGACAGGAUGUGCCAGGACAGAGAUGAAUGCCUUGAAGUACCAAACAUUUGUGGAGAGCGAGUGAAGUGCCUGAAUACUCCAGGAGGGUUCAGGUGUCUGGGAGUUUCUGAGAGAGAAGCGGUGAUGGGCUUGUGUGGUCACGACUACUUCUUCAACCAGGAGCUGCAGGAGUGCCAGGCCUGUUCUGAUUGUGAUGGAGAGCCUGUUUCUGAACCCUGCACAGCUAUCAGUGACGCUGUCUGUGGUCAGCCUUCAGAGAGCCAACUCUCCCAGUCUUGGAGGGGAAAUGUGGCAGUUCCCUCUGCCAAGACCUCUGGCACCCACAUCUUCCCUGGGCUUCAGCUGAACAUCCGAGGCAAAGAGAGAAUUGAUCUGUUGUCCAAUGAUGCGGGGCAGGUGACAUUCCUGCAGCAUGGCCUGGUGUGGUUGGAUCAUAACUUUGCAAUAAAGCACAGCUGCAGGAACUUCCUUCAGGUCGGGAUGAGGCUCAACGGGAGCCAGGAGGAGGAGGGUCAGGACCUAAGUGGGGUUCGCAUCGAACAGCCAGAUGGGAAAUACUUCCAGGGUGUCAGUGUCAGCAGUGGUGUGGAGGUGGAGCCGAACCACACCUUUACUCUGCUGCUGAAGAGUCCGAAUCAACACUGCAACCAGAGCAAGGAUAUCCACCUCUAUGACAUCGCAACUCCCUCUUUCAGCCUACUCUGGUUGUCACAUGACACCGGUGCCGUAGCAAUGACGGCUCAGAUGUCCCUGUUGGCACACUACCAGACCAGCUACCGCCCAACUUUCCGCAUGACCUCAGUGUCCGAUCCCUAUAUGAUCAUUCUAACCCAUGACAACCGUGGUGUGCGCUUCACAGAAAGCGGUGUUGUGAAGUUUGUCCUCCAACAGGCGCUUUACUCUAUGGGCCACACCUGCAUUCGAGAGGGUUUCUCCCUGAUCGCCUACACUAACCACAACGGGACUGGCCAAGAAGCGAUGCAAGCCUUCAAGACAGGCGUCAACUAUAGGGACACCUCCAUCACCCUCUCUGGCGCCGUGAGCAUAGAAACUGGGGACACGCUAAGCUUUGAGAUCACAACUCCAUCCCAGUGCAACAUCCGUUACUUUGGGGACAGCACUGGGAUCAGUAUGCUGAGCCUUAUCUGGAUUCCCUCAGCAGUGUCGUCUGCCCUGACCGCCACCGUGUCCAGGACUGGUCUGCCCUUUGGAGCAGUCAGGAAUAAGCCGCUGUCAUUCCAGCAGAUAAGCCCGGGCACGCCGCAGGUUCAUUUGGCCCGCUCAGGGGAGCCGAACAGCCGGAAGAACUUUAUAUUCCAUGAGAAAGGGACGGCAAACGUAGCCCUGAAUUUGAAGCUGAUACACUCCUGCAAUAUUGUAAAACUCACUCUGCAGCAGGUGGGGGGUCAGGGCGGGCAGGCUGGUCCUGUGGCUCAGCAGGUGUCUGGAUAUAUGCCUGAAGGGAGCGAGUGGGCAAGCAUCGGGCUGAGGGCCUCAUUUCCUGUCCAGAACGGCACAGCAGUCUACGUCACUCUGGACUGUAUCCGCGGACGAGUUAACCAGAUAAAACACGAGGGCGGCACUAACAUUUCAAUCCUCUGGGUUGCCGUGUGAUCCAAGAACAGAUUAAGUCUUUGUCAUUAAUACAUUUUGUAAAAAAAAAAAAAAAAAAAAGACAGUU